AUGUUAGGCGUAAAUAUAUUCCUACUAUUAUCAGUGUUCGUCAAUUUGACUCUUACUCUCGAUAUUGAUACCAAUGUAUUACGCAAAAAUGGAAAUAUUGCCGUAAAUCUAGAUGAUCAUGGUGAGUAUAAAGGUAUUAAUCUUGGUGGUUGGUUGGUUACCGAACCAUACAUCACCCCAUCACUCUACAAGGAUGCCAUGGCUCUAGCAAAGAAAAAAGGAUCAAACGUAACUAUUAUUAACGAAUACACUUUGUGUGAAGCAUUGGGAUACGAUGAUGCCAAGGAACUGUUAGACAAUCAUUUCAAAACAUGGAUUACUGAAGAUGACUUCAAGAAGAUUAGUGAAGAAGGGUUCAACUAUGUCAAGAUUCCCAUUGGAUACUGGGCGUGGAAGAUUGACAAUACAACUAAUUUGUAUCCAGGCAAUCAGACUUUCAGCGACCCUUAUGUGAAUAUCAAUCAAAAAGAAUACCUUAACAAGGCUUUAGGCUGGGCAUUAAAAUAUGAUUUGAAAGUGUUUGUAAAUGUAUAUGCAGUUCAAAAUUCAACAAAUUACUUUGAUUUAGAUUUAGAGAAUUAUUUAUGGGAAAAUCAAAAUGGAAUUAGAGUAAUUUCUUCAAUCCUAAAAGAUUAUUUUGAUUAUAUAUUAAACAUAGAUUAUCCAUCUUCUUUGGCCAGUUUGGAAGUUACAUUUUCCCCGAUGUUAGCUGUAUGGCCAGCUGAAUCCUAUCAGAUUAACUUUUAUACCGACCUUUUUGACUACUACCAAACCACAAAGGACAGUAUUAGUAACCCAAAUCCAAAUAUUACCUUUACUAUUCAGUAUAGUGGCCCAGUCUAUAACAUGACAUACCAUGACUUGGAUCUCGACUUUUAUAAUAGUUCCAGUCCUUAUUACAAGGGAAUCGAAUAUAAAUCAGAUUCGCAAAUAGCUGAAUGGGAUCAAGUAUUUCUUCAAUAUCGUUUUGCAGAAUCCCAUGAUUUUGACAUUGAUCAAUCCAUUGAAAAUAUUGCACAUAAUUUUAACUAUAAGAAAAAUAUCACCGGUGAGCCAGCAUUUCCUAUUACGUUUGUGGGUUCCUGGAGUAGUACAUUGACUGAUUGCACACCUUGGAUACAUGGUAUUGGUUAUGGAUCAUGGUACGAUGACACAUACGAUGAAGAUACAAAUUAUGAAGUCAAAAAUGAAUACGAUGAUAUUGACUAUGAAAACUAUGAAAACUAUACCUGUGUUUCUCAAAAUCAAAUUGAGGAAUGGCCUGAAGAAUACAAAAUUCAAGUAAGAAAGUUUAUGAAACUCAAUUAU